AUGGUUUGCAGUAGCCUCUGCAGAAAAGGGGAGCGUGCAGAAGUAGGAGCAGUUCCUGGUGGCACCACUGUCUUAGUGGAGCUAACCCCAGAUAUCCAUAUCUGUGGCAUUUGCAAGCAGCAAUUUAAUAACCUGGAUGCCUUUGUAGCCCAUAAGCAAAGUGGUUGUCAGCUGACCAGCACUACCCCAGGUACUCCCAGCACAGUUCAGUUUGUGUCAGAGGAAACAGUGCCAGCUACCCAGACUCAGACCACCACAAGAACUAUCACUUCAGAGACCCAGACCAUCACAGUUUCAGCUCCAGAAUUUGUUUUUGAACAUGGUUACCAAACCUACCUGCCCACAGACAGCAAUGAUACCCAGACGGCCACAGUCAUCUCAGUUCCUCCCAAGUCACAAUCUCGAAAGCCUGCAGCCUCCUCUGCCCAGAAGAAACUUAACUGUUGCUAUCCAGGUUGCCAGUUCAAGACAGCAUAUGGCAUGAAAGAUAUGGAACGUCAUUUAAGAACCCACACAGGAGACAAACCCCACAAGUGUGAAGUCUGUAGCAAGUGCUUCAGCCGGAAAGAUAAACUGAAGAUGCACAUGCGGUCACACACAGGUGUCAAGCCAUACAAGUGUAAGAACUGUGACUAUGCUGCCGCCGACAGCAGUAGCCUGAACAAGCACCAGCGAAUACACUCUAAUGAGCGGCCUUUCAAGUGCCAAAUCUGUCCCUAUGCCAGCAGGAACUCCAGCCAGCUGACCGUGCACCUCCGAUCCCACACUGGGGAUGCCCCCUUCCAGUGCCAGAUGUGCAGCGCCAAGUUCAAAAUCAACUCGGACCUGAAAAGACACCUGCGCGUGCACUCAGGGGAGAAGCCUUAUAAGUGCGAGUUCUGCGAGGUCCGCUGCGCCAUGAAAGGCAAUCUGAAAUCCCACGUGCGAAUCAAGCACAACACGGAGAACACCUUCAAGUGCGCUGAGUGUGACUUCCAGUGCAGCAACAAGACCAGCCUCCGGCACCACACCCGGUCGCACCAGCCCGAGCAGCCCGUGAAGUGCCCCGAGUGCAGCUACUCCUGCGCCCACAAAGCCGCCCUCAAGGUCCACGAGCGCAUCCACUGCGAGGAGCGGCCCUUCAAGUGCGACUUCUGCAGUUUUGACACCAAGCAGCGCAGCAACCUGACCACGCACGUGAAGAAGGUGCACAGCGACAAGGUCAAGAGCAAGAAACAGAGCCUGGAGAAAAAAGGAGGGGGCGGCGGCAGCGGCGGCAGCGGGGACCGGCCCAAAGCCAGGGGCUCACGCCAGGUGGCCAAGCUUGAUGCUAAGAAGGCUUUUCAGUGUGAAGCUUGUGAAGCAUCCUUCGUGAGGGAAGACUCGCUCCGGAGCCACCGGAAACAACACAGCGAAUACAAUGGCAAUAAAAAUGCCGAGCUGGCGGUUCUGCAGCUUCAGAUGGAGCCGGGCCGCCCUGUGGCCACCCCUCUCACAGUCAGCCCCCUGCAGGUGCCCCUCCAGCCAAGCCAGAUCCCCCAGUUCAGCGAAGGAAGGGUCAAGAUCAUCGUGGGCCAUCAGGUGCCACAGCCGAAUGCCAUAGUCCAGGCAACUUCCGUAAACAUCGUGCCUCCGGCUCUAGGCGGCCAGGCCCAGGAAGACCUCCCCGGGAAUAACCGGCUGCAGAUUCUGCGCCAGGUCAGUUUGAUUGCGCCAUCGCAGCCAGCCGUGUGUCAGAACGAGGCCGGGCCUAUCGGGCAGCCGGGGGCGGUCCUAUUGACCACUCACGAUCAGACAGAAGGGGCCUCUUUGCACCAGACUCUGAUUCCCGCGCCUUCCGCCACUAACCACGAAGGCCCAACCAGCCAGACUUUCAUCACGAGCUCCGGCAUCAGCUGUUCCGAUUUGGAAGGCCUCAAUGCCCUGAUUCAGGAAGGGGCAGCAGAAGUGACUGUGGUCAGCGAUGGAGGCCAAAAUAUCACCGUCUCGACCACCGCCCCUCCUAUCUUUUCCUCUUCUUCGCACCAGGAAUUACCCAAACAGACUUAUUCCAUCAUUCAAGGUGGGGCCCACUCAGCUUUGCUCUGUCCGGCAGAUUCCAUACCGGAUUAAUAUUUUUUUAAUGUCUCCCUUCAAAAUUCCCUCUUUCACCUGCU